CUUUGUAUUUGGCUACGUUACGAACCUAUAAAUUAUGUUAUUCGACUGUGAGCUGACGGAGUAACUGUGUGUGUGUGUGUGUUUUUUUAUGUAGUGUUGUCAUUUGUAUUUUGUUUCGGCAUUAACCGUUUUGACUCCAGGAGAAAAUAGAUCAAGAAUAAUCUCCAAACCGUUUUAUAAUAUUGUCUUGUUUUUCUGCUCAACCGUCAAGUACCUUCUUAUUCCCGCGUUCUACCGCACAAGUAUCAAUCAUGAAUGCUGCUGUCAACAAAGAAAAUGUUAAUGGCUCGCUUCAAAGUCAGCACUCUAUACUCAAAGGAAAAAUAGUAAAACCGCCUACACAAGUAUUGAAUGAAGUCCACCAAAAUGUAUUGUCCCAACUGAAAUCUCAUGAAAAUGGCCAGGUUUUUGAUUACUUGGAGUCGUUGGCUAAGUACAGAGUUAAUUUUGAUAGUACAAUUGAGCCCUUGCUGAAAGAAAAUCCGAGACGAUUUGUCAUAUUUCCCAUUAUAUAUGAUGAUAUUUGGGCAAUGUAUAAAAAACAGGAAGCUUCUUUUUGGAAUGUCGAAGAAGUCAAUUUAAAAAAUGAUCUGGACGAUUGGGUUCAAUUAACUGAUGAUGAACGCCAUUUUAUUUCUCAUGUAUUAGCAUUCUUUGCUGCUUCUGAUGGUAUUGUAAAUGAAAAUCUGGUCGAGAGAUUUUCUCAAGAGGUUCAAAUUACUGAAGCCAGAUGCUUUUAUGGGUUCCAAAUAAUGAUGGAGAAUAUUCAUUCAGAAAUGUAUAGUCUCUUAAUUGAUACUUACAUUAAAGAUCCAAAACAAAAAGACUUUUUGUUCAAUGCUAUUGAAACUUUACCUUGCGUAAAAAAGAAGGCUGACUGGGCCCUAAAAUGGAUUUGUGAUAAGAAAGCAACAUUUGGAGAACGACUAGUUGCAUUUGCCGCCGUAGAAGGAAUAUUUUUUUCUGGAAGUUUUGCAGCAGUGUUUUGGUUAAAAAAGAGAGGAUUAAUGCCCGGUUUAACAUUUAGCAAUGAAUUAAUUUCUAGGGACGAGGGCUUACACACAGAUUUUGCUUGUCUAUUAUUUAAACACUUAACCCAGAAACCACCUCAAGAUAUUAUUAUUCACAUCAUUCGAGAGGCUGUCGGUAUUGAACAAGACUUUUUGACAAAUGCUUUACCGGUUAAGAUGGUUGGCAUGAACUGUGAAAAAAUGGCAACAUACAUUGAAUUUGUGGCUGAUAGAUUAUUGGUAGAAUUGGGAUGUCCUAAGAUCUUCAAAUCGUCAAAUCCAUUCCCGUUUAUGGACUUAAUAUCUCAACAAGGAAAAACCAACUUCUUUGAAAAGAGAGUCGGUGAUUAUCAAAAAGCAUCGGUCGCAAUUCCUGAUAUUCCUAACAUAACUACUAUGAAUAUUACAAAUGAAGACUUUUAAAUUCCUUAUAUUAUGUUGAACUUAACAAGACAAUUACCAUAAAAAUCGAGUUUUAUGAGAUGUAAAUUGCUAUUUGGAAAACCAUUAAGCAUAUAAAAAUGUAUAUUAUAGAAACAAAGAAUUUUAUAUUGUAGUUGUGAUUAGUUUUAUGAUUUUUUUUUUUUGAAAAAUCGCACAAUGCAUUUGACUAUUAUAUGUUUAUAUAGAACAUUAAUUAUACGUACAAGUUGUUUUAACAACUAAAUUAAUAUCACGGUAGUAUUCUUGGUAAUUACAAACAUAUUUAUUUUUUUUUAGUUUUGCAUAACUCGUUAUCUUAUUGAUGUAUAGUUUUAAUGACAACAUGAUGAUAACCAAUAGUUCCAAAAUAUGUAUUAAGAAUAUAGUAUACUCGUAUAAUUACUUUCUAAUUUAAAAUGAUAAACCAUUUAGAAAAGGUGUCUACAAGGAUUUUUGUGGUGUACAAACGGAGAUUGAUAAAUAAAAGUUAGUAAUUUUUGUAGUUGUGUUA